AAAAUUAAAAAACAAAAAAUUCGAAUUAUCCGACAGGAGGUAAAGGGUAGGACAGGAGAUAUCGAAUAUCUGAAAAGGAAUAAUGAAAAGCUUUCCAGUAUGGAGGCGCACCAACGAAGGACAACGUUGAGCAUGCGCGAGACCGUAGCUCCUUGCAGAUACUAUGAGCGGUGGUGUCUACGGUGGUGAUCCGAUCAUUUUUUCGAUAGACGAGGUCGGUGCUAUCAUUUUCGACGUUGGACAUCAGAGCCUUCGCGUUGGAUAUGGCGGUGAGGAUACACCGAAGGCUGAAAUCCCAACGAAUCUUGGCGUAUGGGAGGAUCCCGUUGAUUCGCCUGAAUGUAAUCAUACCGUCAGGAAACACUACAACAUUGACGUCACGGCCAUUCAAGUCCGUAAGAAGGAUAUGGAGAUGGUCAGCUUGAUGAAAGAUGGAAUGGUCGAAGAUUGGGACAUGUUCGAACGUUUAACCGAAUACACGUACAAACAACGUCUUCAUGCUUUACCGGAACACCAUCCGAUCCUGAUGACGGAGUGUCCCUGGAAUACUAGAUUGAAACGAGAGAAACUUCUUGAAUUAAUGUUCGAAAAGUUUAAUGUUCCUGCUAUGUAUAUCUGUAAGAAUGCAGUUUUGGCGGCUUACGCCAAUGGGAGAUCAACCGCUAUGGUUGUCGAUAGUGGUGCGACGCAUACCAGUGCCGUUCCGGUUCACGAUGGUUAUGUUAUCACACAAGGAAUAGUCAAGAGUCCUUUGGGUGGCGAUUUUAUUACCAUGCAAUGUAGACAAUUUUUUGAAGAAAAGGAUAUCGAAUUGGUACCUGCUUGUCUCGUCGCUAGUAAAGACGUGGUGAGAGAAAGAGAUCCACCACGUUGGACCAGAAGACCUGGACCACAACCAACCACUUCCUGGUUGAGUUACAUGGUACGAGAAGUGUUGCAAGACUUUCAAAUGAAUUGCCUGCAAGUUUCUGAUAGUCCAUACGACGAGGACAUGGCUAAUACUUUACCCAUGAAACAUUUCGAAUUUCCAACUGGUUAUAACGAUGAUUUUGGCUCCGUAAGACUCAUGAUACCAGAGGCACUAUUUGAUCCUAGUAAUGUUAAAGGUGUUGGUGCUAGUAUCCUAGGCGUUGGUCCAUUAGUAACAACAAGUGUCGGGAUGUGUGACAUGGAUAUUAGACCUAGUUUAUACGGUAGUGUCGUAGUCACAGGAGGUAACUCUUGUCUCCAAGGUUUCAGCGAAAGAUUGAACAGAGAUUUGGCUAGUAAAACGCCUCCGAGUAUGAGACUGAAGAUAAUUAGCGCCAAUAGUUCGAGCGAACGUCGUUAUGGUGCCUGGAUCGGUGGCUCGAUCCUUAGCUCUCUUGGAUCCUUUCAACAGAUGUGGCUGUCGAGACAGGAAUACGAGGAAUCCGGGAAAUUGAUUUUAGAACGAGAUCGAGGUCUUUUAGAAAAGUGGAAGGGUGAUUUUGAAACACAACGCACAGAGAUCGAUCAACCUUGCUCGGCUCGAUAAAUCAAAUAAUAAUUGAAUCAAAAUAUACAUAUAGACUUCCCAUUAUUAUCACAUACAUAUUAUAGAAAUUAGGGUAAUAAUAAUUAACUAUAUUUAUUACUUAAUGCAUCUAAGACGAUAAGUAUCUUGCAACGACUUUUGGAAACGGAAAGAUCGACCUUUGGCGAAGGAAAAAAAAAUGAUAACGACUAGUCAAUAUGUAAAACAUUUUAUUAAUCGAAAAAUCGUUUUAUACAAUCGCCAAUGUCGUUGGGUCAGCGUGCUUAUUCAAAAGGUAACGAUACAGUUCCUAUUUUACCCAAAUAUUCGCACGUUGCUUUAUCGAAGUUCCUAUUUUUCUUCAAUAUUUUUUAAAGCUUUUCAACAUUGAACGAUCAACGAUAUGCAAUACGAAAAUUUAUCGUUUGUUGAUCGAUCAAAAAAAAAUGUUCGAAUAAACUCGCACUUUUGUCUAAGAAAAAAGAAACCAAAAAAAAGAAGAAGUUACAAAAUUGUGUAAGGAAAAUUUUUUUUUAAAUUAUUGAAAAAAAAUUAUUAUGUAACUUUUUGUUUUUUUCUUUGCUUCUUCUUUUCUUGCUAUAGCAAACUUCGAAGGAAUAAUUUUUACGCACGUAUACUCAACAUUUUUCUUGCGUCCAGUUUAUUGAAAAAAAGAAAAAAAAAAGAAAGAGAAGGAAAAAGAAAAAUAAUUUUCAAGUGUGUAUGUAUAUAUAUAUAUAUAUACACACACAUCUGAUAUAAUCUAACGUCUAUACGACUGGCUAUUAAUACUGGAAUUAAUCUUUAAUUAAUGAAAUAGAUUAAAUAAUGUAAUCGACGUUGUAAAAGCUAAGUGCUAUAAAUGCUUGUACGUCGUAUCGUCUCAUCAUAGCCGAGUGUUUGAAAAUUGAAUAAAGAAAAUUCGGUUCUAAUUCAUCAGGAAAAUCUAAUGCUAUAUAAAAAAAGAAAGAAAAUGAUAACGGAAAAAUUUCAACGAUGAAUGUAAUAUUCGAAAAACUAUAUGGACUUUUGAAAAAUCGAACAAAUUAAUCUCAUGUUCCUUUUUUUAAAUUAUAGUAUUUUGUAUGUGCGAGAACAUGUGUACGCAUGUGGGUGUAUGUGUGUCUCUUUAUCUUCAUAAUAAGUCAGACGCGCGUUAUCCUUGUUCCUAAUCUUCUAUAAAUACAUAUUUGUACGAGACGAGUAUCAAAAACUCCAAAAAAGAAAAAUAAACGCAGACGUCACUGAAA